AUGAUGUGGGCCUCAUAUUGCAACUUGUCACAGAAAAAUGCUGAGUUCUGCACUUCAGAAAAAGUUUCCAGCUCAAUGCAGAAUGUAAGGAGUACUUUGACUACAAAAGAAGCUACAAAAGGGAUUGACGAUGGCAUGAAAUUGAAAUCGGUUAGCUUUUUAGGUUCUCCAGUCAUUGAUCAGUCACUUGUUGACCUAGCUUUAAAAAAUACAGAAUGUUUAUCUGUCUCUCGAGUUCUUGUACUAUACACUGGUGGCACAAUUGGAAUGAAACGUGUGAAUGGUUCGUAUUGUUCAGUGACAAAUUAUUUUCUGCCCACCCUGACGAAAAUGCCUACAUUUUGUGAUCCAGAGUUUAAAAUCUAUAUAGAACAAUUUAACACUGAACUCUUUCAGCGUAAAUUAUCAAAAACUGAAGUGCCAACAAGUUCACACCAUCAUCAUUCAAAGAAUUCAAGACGUCAGUGUAGUCUAACGAAAUCUGAUCAUAUAGAGACUUAUGCAUUACCAAUUGAUAAGACAGGACAUCGUAUUCUGUAUACAAUUGUAGAAUAUUGGCCUUUACUAGAUUCAUCUGAUUUAAGUAUGAAUGAAUGGAAGCGGAUAGCACAAGAUAUUUUUGCUUUUUAUUAUCACUUCGAUGGAUUUAUUGUAUUACAUGGAACGGAUACUCUUGCCUAUACAGCAUCAGCUUUAUCAUUUAUGUUAGAGAAUUUGGGAAAACCAGUUGUAUUGACUGGAGCACAACUGCCUGUGUUUGAAUUUCGUAGUGAUGGAUGGAAUAAUUUUCUUGGUGCAUUAUUAAUUGCUGGUGGAAAGUAUGCAAUUAGUGAAGUAACAGUAUUUUUCCAUGAUAAAUUAUUUCGUGGUUCUAGAGUGGUAAAAUGUUCAAGCAAUAAUUUUGAUGCAUUUGAAUCACCAAACUAUCCAGCAAUCGCUGAACUUGGCACUGAAGUUGUAGUAAAUUAUGAUUUAAUUUUUCGGACACAUGAAAAACCUAAACCAUUUAAUGUUCAUACAAAUCUAUGUCAAGAUGUUGCAGUCCUUAACCUGUUUCCAUUAAUAUCUAAAGAACAUAUCAUUUCAAUGUUAGCGCCACCAAUUAAAGGAGUUGUUCUACGAACUUACGGAGCUGGUAAUGUCCCAAGUUCACGUAAAGAUCUAUUAGAUGCAUUGAAAGAAGCUUCUGAACGUGGUGUACUUAUGGUCAAUGUUACACAGUGUUGGCGAGGUGGUGUAAAAGCAAUUUACUCAACUGGAAUGGUUCUAAAUGAGUAUGGUGUAACUCCAGGAUAUGAUAUAACUACUGAAGCGGCACUUGUAAAAUUAGCCUAUAUACUGAGUAAAACGGGAAUUGAAGAUUAUUCUGCUAAGCGUACAAUGUUGUUGAGUAGUCUAAGGGGUGAAGUGACUGUUGAAGGUGAAGACUCUCGAGCAGCUAACUUAUCAAUCUACCAUUUGAAUGGCUUAAAUCAAGACAGAAAUCUCAUGUUAUAUUUUGCAGGAUUAUUUACAUCUGCUUCAUCAGUUGAUUCUGAGGGUAUAGGUUCAAUGUGGGUUCAACGAAUUGUUCCAGUGCUGGCCUGUUGUGCAGCUGCAUCAAAUAAUGUACCUUGUUUAAAAGAAAUGCAUCAUAUAAUUGGACACUUACAGUUAUUUGAUACUGAAGGAUCUACACCACUUCAUAAAUCAGCAUUCUAUGGUCAUAUUUCAGCAACAAAAUAUUUGUUGGAAUGUGGAGUAUCAGUUCAUAUAGCUGAUAAACGGGGAUACACUCCACUGGAUUGUGCUUUAGACAGUUUAGCCUUAUCUGAUGAAGUGGUUAGGUUAUUAUUAGAUGCUGGUUCUGUAUUGAAUUGUGAAAGUCAACUUGUUAUCAGACUAGUUCAUCAAGCUGUUGCACGUGAUGAUAUUCGAAGAUUACGCUUAUAUUUUUUGUGUGGAUAUUCAUUCGAUAAUAUUGAUGAUGAAGGUCGUACAGCUUUACAUGUAGCUGUUGCACAUCGUCAGUUGGAAACGAUUAAAUUCCUUAUCUCAUCACCGAUUAAACAACAACAAGCAGAUGAUAACAAAGAGACUUCAGUAUUGGUGCUGGUGUCAAUCCAAAUUGUCAAACUGUCUGGGGUACAACUCCAUUAGAUGAAGCUAAACAACGACAUUUCAAUGAUGUAGUUGAAUUAUUAAAACGAUAUACAUAAUCAAUAAGUAGUAUCUCAACUUACUCUCUUGUCUUUUCUAUUCACUUAUUCUCUUCUAAAAUGAAACAAAGUGGAAGGAUAAAAAUAAAGAUUUUAUUGUAUAAAUCUUGAUGGAUUCUAUCAUUAUUUCAUAAAAUGAUGAACUGUAUAAAGAUAAUAAUAAUAGGAUGGAUAUUUCAGUUUAUUGUACAGUCUGUAUAUCUCAAUUUAUCUGUUAGUUCACUUUCACUCCUUUUGCCCAUUGAAAGUUUAUUUUAUUGUUGUUUCAAUUAAAAAAAAAUUGAAUGAAAGUGUAUUUUUUUUCCAAUUAAAGAAAAACAAUUCACCUGUUGUUUACUAAAUCAACUUUAUCCUCGAAGUUCAAAUCUGUGCAUUGAAUUCUCUUUUACCAUUAUUAUUAUUAUUAUUAUUA